ACUCGUUUAAACUAACAAAGGAACUGCGGAUCAGCUGUUGACCGACAGUUUGCCCGUAUAUCUUAUAUCCUAUUUCAUUAGUAGGGCUCACCGUAGUCCACCAUAGGUUGAAGUUAUGCUGGAGCAAAAUGGUGAUAUUCUAUAUGGCCAGUUCAAUGGCGUUGCUGCAAUUAAAAACGACCUCAUUAUUGCUAGAUCAAGGAGUCUUUCAGUUCGUGAUGAGGAAAUGCUACGCCUUAUAGGACAGUAUCUUUGUGACAAGGGAUUUAAUGGCACAUAUACACAGCUUUCAAGAGAGUCUGGGAUCACCUUGGAACACAACGAUGCAACAGAGUUGCGUCAUGCUAUUUUGGAAGGUAGAUGGCUUGAUGCUGAAGCCGCAAUAGACAAGUUAGCACCCAUGAUAGGCGAUCUAAAUAGUGUUGAAGAAGUCCGAUUUUUGAUAUUAGAACAACAGUUUCUGGAAAAUUUGGAAGCCAAUGAAGUAAUGCCUGCCGUUACUCUUCUACGUAAUCGUAUUACACCUAUGCAACGUAAUACAGAGCGAGUACAUACUUUGGCCAGUUGUUUGAUGUGUAGAACUGCUGUUGAACUCCAAGCACAAGCAGGUGGUUGGGCUGGAGUAGAUGCUGGGAGUCGUUUACAACUGAUCAAUCGAAUACAAGCCUUUAUACCAGCACAGACAAUGUUACCACCUGGGAGACUAGAAGAGUUGAUCAAUGAAUCUGUUCGUGCACAGUUGGCUUCAUGCAUAUUUCAUAAUCCUCCGAUGGGUGUCCAAACUGAUAUACAUAAUAUAUCAUUACUACAGCGUCAUUCGUGUGGCAUGCAAGAUUUCCCAGCAUUUUGUAUCCAAACUUUGGACCAUCAAAGAGAUUCUGAUCUAUGGUUUUGUCAGUUUUCUCCAGACGGUAGCUAUUUAGCAACUGGUGGCAAAGAUGCAAAUGUUGACGUUUGGCGUGUAGACUCUGUACGACAUGCUGUCUCAUUUUUCCGAGUAUUAACUACACCUGCAUAUAUUGGCUGUCUGUGUUGGUCACCUGAUUCUAAAAAAUUGGCAGCCUGUUGUGGAGAAGAACAAAGUUCCGUUCUAGUAUUCGAUGUAUUCAGUGGUCAACAAUUAUGCAGCCAGAAGGUAAACGAUGAAGACGUCUAUUCAACCGCCUCGUUUUUCUCUGAUAGUCGUAAACUAGCUUUUGGUGGUUUGAAAGGGAGCUUCUAUGUAAUGGAUACGGAAGAUCAGGGUCGUGUACUUGCCGUGGUUGAAGGCUAUCGUGUACAAAGUAUGGCGGCUAUAUUCCCACCGAUACCAAGUAUGCUUUUGCCAAAUGGCACAGAAUCUGUCCAAGUUAACCCUCCACCAGAUAGAUCUACUCCAGGUGCACCAGAUUCGCCAGCAAAUGGAUUACUUCAAAACGGUUCGACAAACGAUGCAGUGAAUAAUCGUUCAGAAAAUCAAAUUGACCAAUUGUUAGUUGCAGACAGCCUACAUAGAAUUCGAUUAUUUAGAUUUGGUUUAGUUUGUUCAAAUACGUCAUCUAAUAAUACAAAUACUACAGCGGAUACUGCUGACAUACCACAAAGUACAGCCACCACACCACAUGAAACUAGUACGACAUCUAUAUCGACUGUAACAAUUUCGACUCUGUCUGCUUCAUCUUUUGCUCAUACACCUGGUGAGGAGAUUACAACCAGUACAACUAUCGCAACAGCAACAACUACUACUAGCAGUAGUAGUAUCAGUACUACUACUGCAUCAGCAUUAGCUGCCUAUUUAUGUUCAAGUGGGAGUGCACCAGGUGCUCCAACUUCAGUUAAUAUUUCUACAUCAGCCAGCACUGGUACUACUAAUCCGGGUAAUGUUAGGAGUAGUGAUAGUAGUGAUAAUAACAAUAAUAGUGUAAUUGCCACAAGUACUACAGGAGAAAAUCCUGGCGUAGCGACAGCAUUAGCUGUUGCACGAUUAGCACAACAACAACAACAACGUUUAUUACAAUCGUCAAAUCCUAUGACAUCAACAAAUCCAGCAUCAACAUUAACUGGUAAUUUAUCUUCAUGGUAUCAACAAUCUGGUGCAUAUCAAGGAUCAACAAGUCUAGCGUAUACAUCAAGUUCUUCUACAUUACCACCGGGUAUUUUAUUGGAUAUGCCUAUACUGCCUGUCAGUUUAACUCGUCUUGGACCAUCCACAACUCAGGGUUUGCAAGCUCAAUUAGGUCUUCAACCUAUAUUGCAUCCAACUGGUUCUUUGCAUGGUUCAAAUCCAUACACAGUUGUAUCAUCAUCUGGUGCAAAUAGUCUAGGCACUACUGGUAGUAGCCUAACUAUUUUAUUCGGUGCUCCUUUGGAUAGAACUUCAGCUUCUUAUGCAACUACUCCAGUUGGUACUUCUAGUUCAGUAACAACCAAUCCGACAGGUGUACGAGCUUUAGCUGCUGCAGCUGCCGCGUUAGCCAGUGUAAACAGUCGUCAAGUUCAUUCUGUCUCCAGUGGUACAACAAUGUUAACAGUGUCUACAUCACCUGAUAAUAGUGGAGUAGCUACAGGUCGUUCAUCUGUUUCCGUAACAAAUAUUGGCUCCACCGUGAGUACAUCUACUUCUACUAUUGGUACUACUACUGGAUCUCCAACUAAUCCGACUACAAUUUCAGCAUCUCUACCAGCGACUGGAUUUUCUACAUCAACAACCAGUACAACUACAAAUGCUCAUGCUAGUAGUCUGUCUACAAAUGGCAGUAAUUAUGGCUUAAUAGAUCAUAGAACUCUUUUUAAAGAAACUCAUCCUGUUCAAUCAAUUAUGAUUUCACGCUCAGGAACUAUGGCACUUCUUACUAUACAUAAAAUGGUAAGUUCAAUCAGUCAGUAAUUUAUAUUUUCUUGUUUAUAAAAGGAACUAAAAUUAACUUAACUGUUAUUUUAAUCAUAAAUUAGUUUAGUAGAAACUGUGGGGAAAAAAUGAAGUGAUAUAAAGAAAUUUUAUAUUUCCAGUUAACAUGUGAAUAGUUAUGUGAUUACACUAAUAUAGAGUACACAACUAAUGUUUUUUUUUUGGAUUUUUGUCUAAAAUUCCUUAAAUGAUCAAUAUUUAUACUGCAACUUCAUCUUUCUCAAUAAGAAUAUAUGAUUGUUUAGAGUAAUCAAUCAGAUAUAUCUGAUAGAAAGAAGCAUUAGAUGUUGAGUUAUGCAAUUUUUGUAUCCAUUCACAAAACAAAACGUUGUUUUAUAGCGUUUCAUUUUCUCUAUUUCAUUGGGUUAAAUUGUUCAAAUUUCAGUUAAUAAGUUCCAGAUUUGAACCUCACUUCACUUACAAUGAUAUAAUCUCUCUUGUCAUAAUCAAUUCCAUAAAUAGUCACUUCAGUCAGUUAUUUAUAACUUAGGGUAUAGGACAAGUAACAUGUACUAGUCCAAAUCGUCCACACACACACACGCUUCACAUCACAGUACAUCAAAAAGAAACUGACCAGAUUAAAAGUUAAAUUUAUAUUAACCUAGUUGAUAAUUCAUGAAAUUUUAUCAUCCAUCAUUAAUUAAAUGCUACUUUAUCUCUUGAUAAAAUGUAAGUCUAUUUUUUUAGAAUUGAAUAUUAAACACUAUUUGAAAAUGUCCGUCAGCUAACUAACCAGGGAAUAUCACGAUAGUGAUUCUCAUUAUUAUUUACUUUACACUCUUUAUCACUAUUAUUAUCAUAAAGUAACUUAUAUCAAUAUUUUAAUGGCUUUUCUUGCACUUAUCUCCAAUAUGAAUGAUUUUCUUUUCCUUCUAUGAAAGUAUGAAUCAAUUAUGGUCCCGCAUGAUAAAGUUUAUCAUAAACAAAUUAUUUUUCGAUUACUCUUCUCUCUUUUAUUGAUUAUUGGUAUAUAACUAAAUUUUCCUUUAGUAUGUCCACCAUAUUUUCAUGAAUUAUAUUUCCUCGGUUAAUUACAUUACGCGCCAGGAUUGGGUUACAUCGACACCCGAACUAGUGAUAGGGAGUGAAGUAGUUGAGUGUGUCGACCGCUUCACUUAUCUUGGAAGUCUCAUCAGCCCUUGUGGUCUGGUGUGUGACGAAAUCUCAGCACGGAUACAGAAGGCUCGACUAGCUUUUGCUAACUUGCGUCAUUUAUGGCGUAGGCGAGAUAUCCGUCUAUCAACCAAAGGACGUGUUUACUGCGCAGCAGUUCGUCCCGUCCUACUUUAUGGCAGUGAAACAUGGCUGGUAAGAGUAGAGGAUAUUCGUAGGUUACUAGUAUUCGAUCAUAGAUGUCUUCGAAACAUUGCUCGUAUAUCAUGAGACCAUCGAGUAAGUAAUGCAGUUGUUAGGAAACGGGUACUAGGUAAGGAUGGCAAAUCAAUUGAUGAAGUAGUGAAACUUCACCAGUUGAGAUGGUUGGGACACGUGUUACGUAUGCCCAACCACCGACUGCCUCGACGUGCGAUGUUCAGUGGUAUAGGAGUAGGUUGGAAGAAAGCUAGGGGCGGCCAGACCAAAACAUGGCACAAAUCCAUGAAGUCACUGACAAGUGGACUGAGUAAUGUUGGUAGAUGUAGACUACCUGAUUGGGGACCGCGAGAUGAUAGCAACCGAUGGUUAGAGACCCUGAAUGACAUGGCUCAAAAUCGUUUGCAAUGGCGCAGGUGCAUCCACUCGUUGUGUUCUCCCAAAUUCUAAUCUUCUGAAUUCUUCAUGUCCCUUUUUUCCUCUUUCCAAAUUUAUUUCACUGAAUUAUACUCUUUAAAUAACAUCUUCAAACCCUAAUCUUCCCGAUCACUGCUUACACUCUUGCUACCUCUACCACUACGGGAUUUGGAUCGACAACUGCAUCUCUGUGUUAAGGUGGUGUGGCAACUCGAACUGAUGUACGUACGUACUAAGUUCUACGUUGUUACUGACUGACUGACUGACAGUAGACAUUUGGCCAAGAAAAUUUAAUUCAUGAAAAUGUGAGAUACCUAUUGAUUGUUAGCUAGGAUCAGGUAAUAACUACUUGUUCAACAAACUGUGGAAUGAUCAUAGACCAAAUAGGUGUUCUAAAAGGAGCGACAAUCUUGAACGUAUUCAUACCAGGCGUAGCUGGUUGCAAUACGACCAGUCCAAAUCCGGGUUUGUGUUGCAAAAGAGAGAUUCACAAUAGCACAUUGGCGUUGACUGUGGCGCUGGAAAGAAACAGUUUAUCUUCUAUUAGAUCUUAAGUUUAUAAAUUCCUCAUAAUCUUUUGAUUUCACCAAUUUAUAUUUUCUGCUCGAAUUGCCGAAUCUCUUUUAUUACCGCUAAUCCUCUUACUACUUCUACUACUAUGAGGUUUCUCCUAACAAUUUCAUCUUUCUGUGCCAAUGAGGUGUGGUAACUUAAACUGUACGCAUGUACCAGAUCCUACGUUGCGUUCGACCGACAAAGCCGUAUGUUGAAGUCACCGUUUUCUGGUCUGUGACCAUCACGUCCUAAUUAGCUAUCCAACCGUUUCUCGUCUAUAUCUAGACACCUAAAUUUAUCAUUCAAAUCUCUCCAGCUAACACCAUAAUAUUUGUCGAAUGAGUUUUCGUGAGUUAUUGGUUUAAUUAUUUGUAGGACUCAUCUUUUUUUCAUCGGUGUGUAUGCGAAGACUGAAAAGGUUUUUGCAAGGACAGCUAAACCUAUCAGCUCUACGACAUGCAUCAAAGUACAAACAUCGAGUGAAGUAAAUAUAAGUAACAUUCGUAAAAUUAGGGUAACUAUCAGAUCUCGUAAUCAAUGACAGCAUUCAUAAAACCGAUAGUCCAGCAAUUUAAGACCGUUUAGAUGAGUUAGAACUUCGAAUAAAGUUGAGCUGUAAAUAGCUUACUUACUUACUUACUUACUUGAGCUGUAAAUAGAAUG